GAGAGUCAGUCUCUGGAGAACUGUGCGUGGUGUAGUGCGCUAGCGAACAGUGAUUUAUAUUUUUUUUCAGCGCUCAUGAGACCCAUGUAAAUAGAGCAAGAGGCGCUGGUAAUUUUUCAAUCAAUAAACAUCAAUGAAAGAUGUACUCAAGGUACUGUUCCACACUUCUCGUUGCGGCGAUUUUCACCAGCAGUCUAGUGUCCUCGCGGCCUGCAAAUGAACCGACAAAAAUUUCGCUGGAUAAACUGGAUGAUAUUGUGGAUAACAACAUCAUAAGGACAGCGUCAAAAUGGGAGCGGGGAAUGGACCUAUUAGGGCAAAUUAUGGACGCACUAAGAAUCGGCAGAGGGAGAUUAGUGAAUUUUGCAAUGAUGGCUAGAAACGUCAUUGCCGAACGGGCGGAGGAGUUUACGAGUGAAACCUCAAACAAGGUGAUUGCCCUUUUGGCAGCUAGAGAGGCGAAGAAAAUAAUCGAGCAGGUUGAGGCAAAAAAAUCGCAGGAGAAGGCCUUGAAGAAGAUGGAGCCGAGGAAAUCGGAGGUGGCAUCGACAGAAAAAUCUCAACCCCAGAGAACUGUGAAGAGGAGCACUCUCGAGGCACCCAGUGGGACCCCUGUCAAAACUAGUCCCAUUUCGGAUUUUUUUCCUCCGAAAAUUCGCGACGAUGUUCGCCUCGAGACCGAAGCUGGACAAUCGCUCUUUGAGAUAAAGAAGAAAACACCGGUGCAGGACUUUCUGCAGUCCAUGCUGAGGCCCAAACCCCUCUUGGACCGGACUACGGAGGAGGAGAAGUACGGAAACUCGGGGGAUAAAUUUAGUGGCAUCGGGAGAGCUCUCGUCAAUGGCUUCGAGGCCCUCAGCAAUUUUUUAAAUGGUGCCGUUGACUUGCCAGUGAAUGCGGCGAAGAAAACAUCGAGAGGCCUCACCGCGGCACUCAACCAAGUGGGAGGAAAAUUGAUAGGUUUGGAGUAGGUUGAAACCAUAAUGAUUGUAAACAAUAAGUCAUUUGGUAAUAAAUACAUUUAGGUUUUGUUCUAGACAA